UCGGCCAUUUUCAAAAAGUCGUGCUUGCGAACGGACGCUGUCUCGUGCGUGUGAAGAACAGUUUUUGCCAAGACUUGGUGCGUCGGUUACCCUCAACAAGCGGCUCAGUCGUUCGCAAGCGUUCAUCGCUCUACCAAGUACUUCUCGGAAAGUUUAACGUCGUACAAACAAAACCUAUAUUAUCACAAUGACGGAUGUUUCGGCCAAAACUGAAAAGACCCCGGUCACCACCUCCGAGAAAGAGGUAGAGUCGGACGAGGCAACGCCACAAGUAGCGCCGGCCGACGCGACAGAGGAAACAGCAACCACCGAUAAAACUGCCGCCGUUGAAACCGACGGUGCCGCCGCCGACGCCGCAGAAGUAGCGGAGAAGAACGGCGAAGAAGAGCCGGCCAAGGCGGACAAAGACAACGGUGUCGCCACGGAGGAGGAGGCAGCCGCCGCCACCACCACCACCACCGCCGAGGGCGAACCGAAAGAAUCCUCGACCGAGGACGGCGAGGAGGGCAAGGAGGAGGACGGUGCUGCUGACAAGGCGGCCGAGGCCACCAAGAGGAAAGCCACCGACGUGAAGGCUGACGGUGCGGCGGCCGCGGAGGUUGACGGUGCCGAGCAUACGACGCCCGAGAAGAAGGCCAAACUAGACGACAGCAGCGACGCCAAAGCUGCCGAGGAAGUUUCCACUUAGAACAGUAACACACAAACUUAACUUUAUAAUUAUAAUCAUCGUAAAAAUGUCUCGAUACAACAAAACCUUCAUACAUUCAAUAAACUAUUCUUUUCUGGAGUAACUAAACAAACACACACAUA